UGGGACUUGGGAGUGUAUUCAAAAUAGUAGGUAAAAGAUUGGUGUAAGAAGUAACGUUUGGGGAACAUGAUUAUGUGACGGAACGCCUGCACCGUCCUGUUAAAAGGCCGAAAUUACUGAUGUUUUUUUUAAUGUACAAAAAUAUAAAAAGAAAAAGAAAUCAAGCACUUGCAACGGAUACUAUGCAUCAAAUAUCUUGAAUUAAUUCAAUCAACUAAGUUAGAUGGUGCCAUCUUUACUCCCACUAUCCCCACUCUCUUUCUUCAGCUUUUUUUUUGUCUCAACGCAAUUAUUUUAGAAUCAGACACCAACCCACCGCUACCCUUUACCUUUUUUCACACUUUCGUCAUAACAAAAACUCUGCAAUUAAAUUUGCCUUUCAAUAAAGUUAGGUUAUUAAUAAUAAUAUUAUCCUCUUCCUAUUUCCCACUCUAACACGCUCUCAUCCCAAAUUUCCAGAGGGUGAGGAAAAAAAUACCUAUUCAUGGAGUUCUCGUUUCACAAAAUUUUCCUCAUAGUUCUCUCUGUUCUUCUGUUAACGAAUCUCUGUGAUGCAUCAUCGUCCCUAAAGAGCACUUACAUAGUGCACAUGGCGAAAUCCGAAAUGCCAGAAAGCUUCGACCACCACACCAUGUGGUACGAAUCUUCUUUACAAUCCGUAUCUGAAUCAGCUGAAAUGCUCUACACUUACGAGAAUGCGAUCCAUGGUUACUCAACCAGAUUAACUGCGGAAGAAGCCCGUUUGCUUGAAAGCCAAACGGGUAUUCUAGCUGUGGUUCCUGAGGUGAAAUACGAGCUUCACACAACAAGAACUCCUCUGUUUCUUGGCCUCGAUAAAAGCGCAGAUAUGUUCCCAGAAUCAAAUUCAGGGAGCGAGGUUGUUAUCGGUGUUUUAGACACCGGUGUUUGGCCCGAAAGCAAAAGCUUCGACGACACUGGUUUCGGACCCGUACCCGCAUCCUGGAAAGGCGCGUGCGAAACGGGUACGAAUUUCACAACUUCAAACUGCAACAAAAAGUUAAUCGGAGCUAGGUACUUUUCGAAAGGGGUUGAAGCCAUGUUAGGUCCUAUCGACGAAACCACAGAGUCAAAAUCUCCACGAGACGACGACGGCCACGGAACUCACACUUCGAGUACAGCAGCAGGUUCGGUGGUUACCGGAGCUAGCUUGUUCGGUUAUGCUUCAGGGACGGCGCGUGGGAUGGCGACGCGCGCUAGAGUUGCUGUUUAUAAAGUUUGUUGGAAAGGCGGUUGUUUUAGCUCCGAUAUUUUAGCUGCUAUUGAUAAGGCUAUUUCGGACAAUGUUAAUGUUUUGUCGCUUUCACUCGGUGGUGGUAUGUCUGAUUAUUAUAGAGAUAGUGUAGCUAUCGGUGCUUUUGCGGCAAUGGAGAAAGGGAUUUUAGUUUCUUGCUCCGCUGGGAAUGCGGGUCCCAGUGCAUACAGUCUUUCCAAUGUUGCUCCAUGGAUAACGACCGUGGGUGCUGGUACACUGGAUCGCGAUUUUCCUGCUUAUGUUAGUCUUGGAAAUGGACUUAACUAUUCAGGUGUGUCGCUUUAUCGUGGUAACGCUUUGCCGGAUUCUCCGUUGCCGUUUAUUUAUGCUGGGAAUGCUACUAAUGCUACGAAUGGUAAUUUGUGUAUGACGGGGUCUUUGUCGCCGGAUAUGGUUGCUGGGAAGAUUGUUUUGUGUGACCGUGGAAUGAGUGCUAGGGUUCAGAAAGGAGCAGUGGUGAAAGCUGCUGGUGGAUUGGGCAUGGUGCUCAGUAACACAGCGGCUAACGGUGAGGAGCUUGUAGCGGAUACUCAUCUCUUGCCGGCGACGGCUGUUGGUGAGAAAGCAGGUGAUGCGAUCAAGAAAUAUGUCUUCUCCGAUGCGAAACCGACCGUGAAGAUUUUGUUUGAAGGAACUAAAGUUGGGGUUCAGCCUUCGCCCGUUGUCGCAGCGUUUAGUUCACGUGGACCGAAUUCAAUCACACCGUCAAUUUUGAAACCUGAUCUGAUCGCGCCAGGUGUCAAUAUCUUAGCUGGGUGGUCAAAGGCUGUAGGUCCCACCGGGUUGUCAGUUGAUGAGAGGCGCGUGGAUUUCAAUAUCAUCUCUGGUACUUCCAUGUCUUGUCCUCACGUGAGUGGUUUAGCUGCGUUCAUUAAAUCGGCUCAUCCCGAGUGGAGUCCAGCUGCCGUGAGAUCUGCUCUUAUGACAACGGCUUAUACGGCUUACAAAAACGGUCUAAAAUUGCAGGACAGUGCUACUGGAAAAUAUUCGACGCCGUUUGAUCAUGGAUCUGGACACGUGGACCCUGUUGCUGCACUUAAUCCAGGACUCGUUUAUGAUUUAACAGUGGAUGAUUAUUUAGGUUUCCUAUGCGCGUUAAACUAUACAGCCUCUGAAAUCACAGCUUUGGCAAGGAGGAAAUUCCAGUGUGACGCAGGUAAAAAAUACAGUGUGGCUGAUCUUAAUUACCCUUCGUUUGCGGUGGUUUUUGAUUCGAUGGGUGGGGCCAACGUAGUCAAACACAGGAGAAUUCUUACCAACGUGGGACCCGCGGGAAAUUACAAGGCUUCUGUAACGUCAGAUACACCUUCCGUUAAAAUCUCGGUGGAUCCAGAAGUGUUGAAUUUCAAGGAAAAUGAGAAAAAGGCUUUUACUGUUACGUUUACUUCUUCGGGUUCGACGCCACAGAGGGUGAAUAGUUUUGGACGGUUGGAAUGGACUAAUGGGAAGAGCGUGGUCGGAAGCCCAAUCUCGAUAAGUUGGGAUUAAUAUCAUUAAAACAAAAACCUUUUUAGUAAAGGUUGAUCAAAGGUUCAUCACUCACUCGAAGAGGGGUGACUUGAUUGGCUAGUAAUAUUAUUAAUAAUAUUUAUAAUUAUUUGAAUUUAGCAAACAAAAUGUUGUUUAUUCAGUUGAAGAUAAAAUGCAUGAUAGCUGGAACUGGGACUGAAACCUAGUGUUUGAUUGGUGUGGGGUCCGUUUGUUCCCUGGGAGAUGCGACGCAGUGAGGGAAAAUGAAUUUCCAUUGUCUUUUGUAAUUCUUCCGGUGUACAGCGUUCUAAUCAUUGAAGAAUAUAUGGCCAUUCUGGCUAUUGGCUAAUUUAGUUCUGUGAGACUUUCUAUUUUAUUUGACUUGAAGGGUGUUGCUGUUUAUUUUAUUUGCCUCAUAGUAGUUGGAACUUGUAACAAUAAAUAGUAAGUACUGUAUUCAAGAACAUGUUUUCCAUACAUGAACUUAAUUUAUUCCUCACUCUUUUGGCUUACA